CGAAUAUUAAUGCACGAUAUCCUCUCUGGAACGAUGUUAUAUCCCUUUCGCUGUCUGCCUCCAUCUGGGCUUUAGACGCAGAACGGAAGGAUGCAGUGUCUCGACGUGCAGACGCUGACGUGUGCGGCUAAUAUGGUACCUCGGGUGAACUCUCCUUCUCUUGCCGCAAAUAUCGCUGGAAUUCGUUCCUCUAUGACUAGCCGUGGCCUAGUUACCUUCCAGGCUUAUCGGACUUGCGUGAGGAUGCACGGGGAAUUCGCAUUCAACGUACCCGUCAUACGCUUGACCCCGUGGCCACUAUAUAUUGGACAUUCGAGAUGACGGCGGCACAUCAAGCUCCAUGUCCCACCCAUCAUCCCCCAUUCAGGAGCUACGCCGUUCGACUAGCAUGGCGUCCGAACAGAGCACCGUCAACGAUGGCCCACAGGCGCCAGCAUACACUUCUUCCUUCUUCGAACGCGGUGUUGCUGCCGCAGAGUCAAGAAAGACAUACAUGAAGGUCAUGCUUGCUGGAAUUGUCAUGGUCGCCUGCAUCAUCUUCGGCAUCUUCUCGAUCUACUGGGGCGCCCUGUGGAAGAUCCCCACGCACCAGCUACGGGGAUGGGUCAUCGAUUUCGACGGCGACAGGAUAGGAAGCACAGUAAGCGAAGCGCUUGUGCAAUCAAGCGCCGGCGGAUCCAAGGUUCACUGGAUAUCACGAUCUGCAAACGAGUUCCCGAAUGGCGUCUCCGAUGUCGCAGACGCGAUCCUGGACGAACAAGCAUGGAUCGCGGUCACCAUCAACGACGCGGCCACCUCUAAUCUCCAGCGCGCGAUCGCGUCGGUGAACGCUUCGUAUAAUGGCAGUUCGGCCUUGACAGCAUAUGGCGUGGAGUCGAGGAACGAGAACGCAUACCGAACCAUCCUCAAUCCUGUACUUCAGUCAACGAUGCAACAGAUUUCUACCCAGUUUGCACGCCAGACGGCCGCACAAAUAGCCAAUUCCUCGAAUAUGUCUCAGAUCCUCGGCAGCGCUCCUCAACUGAUUGUUCAACCGGUAUUCUACACUCUCGUCAACAUACGCCCUUUCGAUGUCCCUGUCGCGUCCGCGGUUACCUUCGUUGGCUGCAUCUACCAGAUUAUCCUCGCCUUCUUCGUCGUCGUGAUCGCUGGCGGCGCUCGAGAGGCCUCAGGGCUUGAGCGCAAGUUGACGACCCUAUCCCUCAUACACGUGAGGAUGGUCACCUCGUUCGUCGCCUACUUCAUCCUCUCGUUACUUUACUCGCUACUCAGCCUGGCUUUCCAAGUGCCAUUUGACCGCAAAUAUGACCACGCUGGCUUCGUCAUCUUCUGGAUGAUCAACUACGUCGGCAUGCUCGCGCUGGGACUAGCGUUGGAAGCUAUGAUCACGCUGUUGACCGUCCGACUCAUCCCUUUCUUCCUCAUUCUAUGGAUCAUUUCAAACGUCUCUGUCGCCUUCAUGCCUAUCGAAGUGUUACCUGCCGUCUUCCGGUAUGGCUACGGGUUUCCAGUCUACAAUAUUUCCCAUGCUGUCCGCUCUAUUAUAUUUGGCGCAAAGAACAAUUUGGGUCUCAAUUUCGGCAUCGUCAUUGCCUGGGCUGCCGUUUCCUGUAUCACUCUGCCAUUGUUCCAAUGGAUCGCUCGGCGAAGACUAGCUGCUGCAUCAGGUUCAAGACCUGUUGAUAUUGUGAAGGAGGACAAGCAGUAAUCAUUCAUUCACGGAGGCGUUUCGACGCAGAGACCACUUGGAUAUUUACGACCCUUCAUGCCCUUCCGCAACAUUCUCGUCAAUCUAUCGUAGGAGUUUUAUUAUAAUCAUCAAUGAGGCAGUCUUAUUUCCCA